UAGGGAGGAGUAUUUGUUACGUUAUCCAUGUUGACCCGCACAAUUUGUGAGCCGCAGUUUCUCUGUGAGAUAAAACCAUCCCAAUUUCAUGGAAGCUCACAUCGUAAACUCUUAUAAUAUGUCGGUUUGAAUUUUCCUUAACGCCCAAGUCAUGCUUGCUUACCAGUCACCGGGAAGACCGAAUGAAAGAGAAGUUGGAACAGUAACCAAAUAAUCAAAAGAAAUGUGUUACAAUCCUCAAAUUAAAAAACAAUUUAAGGCUUGGAUAGAUCCGGAAACCAGUUGAAUGCGCGGAAGAGAGGCUGGCCACAUAUAUGUUAGAUGGCGUCAUUCCGCGUAGUAAGUCUCGCCCACCGCCAUUGAAACUUCUCAAUCGCAACGUCGGCAGGUUCAAGGCAAUAAAAGUCUCCGAUCCCUUUGAUCGGGUAUCAGAUCCUGAAAAAAAAUCAAUUGGGUGUCUCUAAUUUUUGAAGCGGCGAAAAACCCAGAUCGUCAAAUCAAGCAGAGGGCACAGCAGUCCGAGGGAUUCAAAUCGAUUUCUGAGGAACCAGGAGGUCGCGGGUUCGAGCCCCGAAAAUGUUGGACAGGGAACCAGAGGAGCUCCAGUACCUGGGGGCAUGGGGAAUCGUGAGAGAGGCCCGGAAUGUCUUUAAGGCCAGCCGAAAACAAUUUAUGGCAAUCACGUUGACGCUGAUCCUGCCGCUCUCCUUUGUGAUUUUGGCCCAUACCCUGGUUUCGGAUUCCCUUUUGAAGAAAAUUCAGACAAAUGAGGACAAAUUCGAGAGGGAAGGGGAUGGCCCUGAAGCGGAUCGAACCCUCAACGCGUUAUCUUCAGAAUGGACGAGGCUGCUUCUCUUUCAGGCCGGGUACUUUGUGUUCCUAUUCGCCUUUUCCUUGCUUUCCACAGCGGCAGUAGUGUACGCAGUGGCCUGCAUUUAUACAGGAAAACAGACCACCUAUUCAAAAGUGAUGAGCGUGGUUCCCAAGGUCUGGAAGCGCCUGAUUAUGACCUUUCUCUGGUAUUUCUUGAUCAUGGUGGUCUACAAUACAGUGCUCUUUCUGGUUCUGAUUUUUCUCAUUUUAAUGGUGGGCACCGGCAGUAUGGUGGCCUUUUGGACCUGUGUUGUUGUUCUGGUCACAGUUUUUGUGGCUGUUCAUGUUUAUAUGAGUGCUCUGUGGCAUCUGGGUAGCGUGAUUUCUGUUCUGGAGGAUCAGUAUGGAUUGGGUGCAUUUAGGAAGAGUGGGGAUCUGAUCAAGGGGAAGAGGAUCAUUGCUUUUGUCAUGGUGUUUCUGUAUUUUGUCAUGUGUGGGGUCAUUAAUGGGGUGUUCAGUAGCAGGGUUGUUCAUGGGUCUGGAGCUCUUUCGAGGAUUUUUUGGGGGAUUUUUCUGGUGGGUUCACUGGUGGUUGUUAAUUUAACAGGUUUGCUUGUACAGAGCGUGUUCUAUUAUGUCUGUAAAUCUUAUCAUCAUCAGAGCAUCGAUAAAUCUGCACUGUCUGAUCAUCUUGAGGAGUAUCUUGGGGAAUAUGUGCCCUUGAAGAGCAGUAUUCAGAUGGAGAAUUUGGAUGUUUGAGACAGAUGGGAAAUAAUCAAAAUACAUGAAUUCAACAUUGAAUUCCAUUUUGAAAUCUGAAGUUUAGUAUAAAACUGCAAUUUGUAUGUAACGCUUGUUUAUCUGUAAUUUUGUUUUUGAGAUUACUUUAAUUGUUACAGAGAAUGAAAAAAUCCAUUUGCAUGA